AUGUCGUUCCGCGACCUCAGGAAUUUUACUGAGAUGAUGAGGGCACUGGGAUAUCCCCGACUCAUAUCUAUGGAGAAUUUCCAUACCCCAAACUUCAUGCUUGUUUCAGAAGUGCUUCUCUGGCUGGUGAAAAGGUAUGAACCUCAGACUGAUAUUCCUCCUGAUGUGGAGACAGAACAGGACCGGGUUUUCUUCAUUAAGGCAGUGGCUCAGUUCAUGGCUACCAAAGCUCACAUAAAGCUCAACACGAAGAAGCUUUACCAGGCAGAUGGCUACGCAGUGAAGGAACUGCUAAAGAUCACCUCUGUGCUUUAUGGUGCUAUGAAUACCAAGGGAGUAGAAUGCGCAGACGUGAGUGAGGAAGACAGCAGCAAGUUCAAGUUUGAUCUUGGCUCAAAAAUUGCUGAUUUGAAGGCAGCUAGACAGCUUGCUUCUGAAAUCACCUCCAAAGGAGCAAGUCUGUAUGACUUACUUGGCAAAGAAGUUGAACUAAGGGAAGCAAGAACAGAAUCUAUUGCCAGACCUUUGGAGAUAAAUGAGGCUGAGAAGAUGAUGAAAAUUGCCAUUGACUGCGUUCUGGAACAAGUCCAAAAGACUAAAGACAUGUUGAAUAAUGUGGCUUUGGAUGAAGCCAAUUUGGAAGCCAAGAUUGAAAAGCGAAAACUGGAGCUUGAAAGAAGCCAGAAGAGGCUACAGACUCUACAAAGUGUUCGUCCUGCUUUUAUGGAUGAAUAUGAGAAGAUUGAGGAGCAACUGCAGAAACAAUACAGUAGUUAUCUAGAAAAAUUCCGUAAUCUGACCUACAUGGAGCAGCUCCUGGAUGAUCAUCGACGGACAGAGCAAGAGAUGUUUGAGGAAGCAGCAAACAUGCUUCGUCUUAUGCAGAACAGGCUGAAGGAAGAGGAGCAGCACCUGCUGAAGAGUGGAAAUAAUGAUGAUUCCGACAUAGAGAUUCAAGAGAAUGAAGGAUCCAAUAGUGAAGUUGAAGACAGGCAAAUCAUGAAGCGGCGCACCGCCACGGAAACACUACUGCAAGGAAGAGCUGGCGCACGGAUCGUGGGAACAAUGCAAGGUGGAGACAUGGAGGAAGAUGGGAGAUCUGCCCCAGCACAGCCGGGCAUGCGCAAGAUCACCUCCAAGGCGCAGGAGGACUCGGGGGAUAGUGAGAUUGACCUGGAUGAAGAUGAGGAGGAGGAUGAUAUGGAAGAUGACAGCAUGGAAAUCUCCCCGAGCAAAUCCAGUCACCGAGCAAGGAAACCAGAGCCACUAGAGGAAAGCGAUAAUGAUUUCUGACCCUUUAGUAGCAGGACCAGGAGGCAUCUGGAAAUACCAACUUUGGGGAGCAUGCAGGC